GCACAUAUUACCCAGUAACUUGAUUGUAAAAUACGGAAAAAACGAAUCUAAUUACGAAUCACUUUUGAGUCACGGAGAACCAAUUAUUAUAUAUAUGCAUGGAAACUCUGGUACCCGCGCAAAUGAUCUACGGUUAGAAUUGUAUAGAAAACUCCAAAAUAUUAACUGCCAUGUGAUAGCUGUAGACUACAGAAGUUAUGCCGAUUCCACAGACGUCGAACUCGACGAGACCGGCUUAGUAUCGGACGUAAUGGAAACAUUUAAAUGGAUUUAUAAACGCGCGAAAGGAGUACCGAUUUUUGGUUGGGGACACUCUCUUGGCACUGGAAUUGGAGCACACGCGUUUUCGUUAUUAGAAAAAGAAAACAUCCAUCCAAGUGGACUUAUUUUAGAAGCUCCAUUCAACAAAAUUAGUGAUGCAAUCAGGGAAUAUUCAACUACUAAAGUUCUUCGCUAUUUUCCUUGGUUCGAUUUUUUCAUCAUUGAUCCAGUCAUUGAAAAUGGAAUUGUUUUUGAUACAGAACAAAACUUGAAAAAUUCAAAAGUACCAGUGCUUAUAUUGCAUGCACGAGACGAUAUUAUAAUACCAUAUCAGCUCAGUGAAAAUCUGUAUAAUUACAUCACAACAACUCGGGAUAGUGCAUUGACUGAACUAGUUUUGUAUGACGCCAAAUAUGAGUUUGGCCACCAAUUAAUUUGCCGGGAUAAGGAAAUUGAAAAGAAGAUUAAGAAAUUUAUUCAGAAUUGUCUAAAAUUACGUAUUGAUUGACGAAUAAAUAUAAGCAUGAAAAAAUUUCCAUCACAUGUCACGUAUUCAUAGUUAUUACAAUAUGAUAUUGUCUAUUAUACGUUAUGAUACAAAAUUCUCAACCUUCAAUCGCAUUAUUGAGAUUAUGAGAUUAUUUAUUAUCUUUUUUAAAUUGUAUCAUUUGUUAAAUAUUUGCUGUGAAGUAUUUUAACAACGUAUAUUUUGAAAACUCGACUUUAACUAUAGUACUAUACUUACCUAUAUUAUAUUGAAUGCUCAU